AUGUCGAAAUCUGAUUUGGAGAAAAAAGCCUUCACUAAGAUACCCGAGUACAUGUUAGAGCAGAACAGGCCCUACAGUGCCAUUGAUGUGUUUACCAAUCUGAAGCAGGAAUUCGGAAAAACGUUAGUACUGAAGGUUUUGGAAUCUUCCGUUUCUUCUGGCAUUCUGAAGGACAAAGUGAUAGGAAAACAAAAAAUCUUUUACGCGAAUCAGGACAAACUUGAAAAAUACGACGAAGCUGCCAUCGCUGAUUGUGAUUCAAGAAUUAAUUCGCUUUCUGAGGAAGUGAAGAGUUUGACAGCGAAGUACAAGGAUAUUCAGACUGAAUUGCGAGACUUGAGCAAUGUUAAAACAACUGCAGAAUUGCGUACCCUGACUUCUACUAUCAAGACGAAUAUUGAAAAUAUGAAAGCUCGGAUCACUAAGCUGGAAACGUCAAGAGAUGCAGCAGCAGCGGAGGAUGGUAAACGAGCCCUUCAGGUGGAAUCAGCAAUUUCGAAAAUUGUGCAAAAGCGAAAGCGGCUGGCCACAGACAUGUUGAAUGCUAUAAUGGAGAAUUCGCCGCUUCCUAAACGAGAACUAUUGGAUUCCAUGGGUGUUGAACUAGACUGA